AUGAUUCUUAUGGCUCCAAGAUUGACACCUAAAAUCGUGAAGAAGAACACAAAGACUUUCAAGAGACAUCAGUCUGACAGAUUCAUGAGAGUCUCUGAGAACUGGAGACUUCAAAAGGGUAUUGAUUCCCGUGUCAGAAGAAGAUUCAGAGGUACUAUUUACGCUCCAAAGAUUGGAUACGGUUCCAACAAGAAGACUAAGUUUUUGAAUCCACAUGGUAACAAGGUUGUGACUGUUAGAAACUUGAGUGACUUGGAGGCUUUGUUGAUGAACAACAAGCUUUAUGCCGCUGAGAUUGCUCACGCUGUUUCUGCUAAGAACAGAGUUGCCCUUUUAGCCAGAGCUAAGGCCAUUGGUGUCCGGGUUACCAAUCCAAAGGGUAGAUUGACGUUGGAGGCUUGA